UUUUUUUUUUUUUUUACCUUACAUGUCAUUGAACGAAAUUUUAUUCAACAUAAUUGCUUUGUCUGCUAAUUUAUAUGGACUUAUUACCAUUCAUCAAAUUGCUCCAGAUAUGCAAUAUGGUGGACAAUAUCAGUUCUUGACUAUCUUAGGUUUAACUGCUUCCACGCUUGCUAUGACCUUCAAACUCCUUCGGUAUCUCAGUUCCUCCUUGUUUCAUGGACCUUACAUAUAUCUUUCCAAUUUAGCUACUCCUGUGGAGGGACUGAUAUCCUUUUUGUAUUGGUCGAUGGCUUUAUAUGAUCGAGAAUUACUAGUUCCCAAGGAUACUCCAUUUGUUUUACCUUUCUCUUUAGACUUGGCUUUACAUUUAUGGCCCACAAUAUUUUUGUAUAUUGAUAUGUUUGUAUUCAAACCUGGAUUUAAAGCGUCUACUCUUGAUGUCUGCUCUUUAUUCUCUUUUUCUGUUGCCUAUUACUUUUGGGUGGAACACUGUUUCCAGAAAAACAAGUUCUAUGUCUAUCCAUUUUUGGCACUCUUUUCUGAUUUACAUCGGUUUAUCUACUUUAUGGUAUGUGGUGGUCUCUGUUCGAUAAUGUAUCAUCUGGGGGCUUAUGCUCAUAAUAUCUAUCAUGGACAAAUCAAAAAAUCAAAAACGGUUUAGUCUUUGUAGUCAUCAUUUACCUUUUAGAUCUUAUAUCUUACUCUUUUUUCCCCUCGUAUAUGUUUCUAUAUUUAUUAUUAUGGUAUUACUUUCAAUUAUCAUUCCAAAAUCAUC